GCAGCGAGAAAUGACCUCCAUCGGGUCAGAUAUCCUGCAGCUGGAGACACUCGCUGUUAAUCUGGACAGCAGCCUCUGUAAGAGCCACCUCCACCUGGGGGGGUCCGAGGGGGGGGUCAGCAGGGUGUCCUCCUGCCGCCUGCUGGCUGACGCCCUCUCCUCGCAGCUGGACUCGGUGAGGAGCCUCCUGGGGGAGAAGCAGAGUGAGGCGGAGGCUCUGGGCUCCCUGUGGAGCUCCUUCAGGAGGAGGAGGGAGACGCUGCUGCAGACUGUGGAGAAGCUGGAGGAGCAGGCGGAGAGGAGCAGCUGCAGGGAGGCAACGCUGAGCCAGCUGCAGAACAGGCUGCGGUUCUUCUCCCAGCUGGAGGACGAGCUGCAGUCUCACCUCCACGAGCUGCAGUGGCUGCAGGAGCGGGGGGGCCAGCUGGCCCUCAGAGACCAGGAGCUGGGAGGGGAGGUGCAGAGGGAGAUCAGCCUGCUGCAGAACACCUGGGGGGAGACCAGGACCCUCAUCACUGAGAGACAGGAGCAGUGCCACCUGCUGGUGGAGCUGAUGAAGGAGUACCAGAGUCUGAAGACGUCUCUGUGCAGCGUGACGGACAGCAGUGAGACUCUGAUGGACAUCACAUCUGUCCUCAGAGACCACGAGGAGACACGGAGAGCACUCACCAAGCACGAGGCUCUGAAGGUGGAGAUGCUCAGCCGGCAGCAGGAGGUGGAGCAGCUCUCCGUGCGAGGGAAGCAGCUGGUGAUGGAGCUGAAGAAGAUCCCUGAGUGUCCCUCAGAGACACUGAAGAGGGACAUGGAGACGCUGGUGGACCACUGGCUGGAUGUGUCAGAGAAGCUGGACGAUAACCUCCUGCAGCUGAACCAGAGCCUCUCUCUGUGGGAGGAGGUGAGGAGGAUCGGGGAGGAGGUGGAGAGCUGGAGCGGAGGAGCGGUGAUGGAGCUCAACGAGAGUCUGAACAACCUGAACCACAGCCGGGGGGUGGAGGAGCGCCUCGCCACGCUCAGGGUGGAGCUGCUGGAGAAGGAGCAGAGGGUGGAGACGCUGCAGAGCAAAGUGUCCGAGCUGAGGAGGUGCAGUCAGAGCGAGGAGACGCCCGCCAAGCUGCAGGUGCUGCAGACGGACCUCCGGAAGAAGCUCCUCGGCGUGCAGAAGCUGCAGGACCAGGCCUCAGCCAACCUGCAGGACUUCCUGUCCCAGAGGAAGCAGCUGCAGGACUACAUUACCCAGAUGUCCCUGUGGCUGAAGAGCAUGGAGGACUCUCUGAUGUCAUCGCCCAGCGGCUCCGCCCCCGAGGACAUCUGCAGGGUGAAGGAGGUGCAGAAGGAGCUGCAGACCCAGCAGGGGGGCCUGGACUCCAGCAGAGAGGCUCUGAACUCUCUCUGCAGGAAGUUCCCCUCCCAGGAGCUGGCUGAUCUGGGGUCAGAUCUCACCGACCUCAUCAAGACCUUCGAGAGCCUGAACCAGCUGAGUGCCCGCACCCUGGGGGGGCUGCAGACUCACCUGCAGACACACUUCACAGACCUGGUGCAGGAGUUCCACCGCUGGCUGUCGGAGCAGAAGGAGAUCGUGAAGGAGUGCUCGGACCGGUCCGGAGACACGAACAUCGUGGAGAGAAAGCUGCAGAAACUCAAGGGUGCCAUGCAGCGGGUAGAGGAGGGGGAGCAGCGCCUCACGGAGGUGUGUGAGGAGGGGGAGCAGCUGCUCCUCCACCUCCCAAAGGGCAGCGCGGGCCAGGUGCAGCAGCAGCUCUCCUCUCUGCAGCUGGACUGGGACGGCUUCGUGGAAACGUGCAGGCAGAACCAGCAGAUCCUGGAGGACGGACACUCGCUGCUGCGCGGGUUGGACGGCCGUCUGAAGAAGCUGCGCUGGUGGCUGGACCUGAUGGAGCAGAGGAUGACCUCCGACCUGAUGGAGGCUCUGCAGCGCGGCCCGGAGAGAGCAGCGCUGCAGCAGGUGGAGGAGUUCCAGCAGGAGGUGCUGAAGGAGAGGGACUCUUUUGAGCGUCUGUGUCAGGAGGCGCAGGCACUGAACGAGGGGGGGCGGGGCGACGGCAGUGAGACCCGGGUGUCUGCGCAGCUGCAGUCGCAGUCGCAGGCUCUGCUGCGCAGGGCGAAGGAGAAGCUGCGCUGCGUUCAGGUGUCUCUGCAGGAGACGCUGGGGUACGAGGAGGCACUGCAGAGCUCCAGGCUGUGGCUGAGCAGCGUGACGGAGCGCCUGCACCUCCUCAGCUCCACCACCGGCAGCAAGGAGGCGCUGGAGAGCAGGCUGGCUGCCGUGCAGGACAUCCUGCUGAUGAAGGGGGAGGGGGAGGUGAAGCUCAACAUGACUCUGGGGAAAGGAGAGCAGGUUCUCAAGCACAACCGGGGAGAGGAGGGGGAGAAUAUCUGCUCCCAGCUGCAGGGCCUCAAGGACAACUGGAGCAACAUGAUGAUGAUCUCCAUCAGCUGUCACAGCCGGUUGGAGAUGGCUUCCUCUCAGUGGACUCUCUUCCUGGCCUCCCAUCAGCAGCUCCUUCAGUGGAUGCAGUCUGUGGAGCAGGAGCUGGGGGGGGCGCUCCCUCCUCAGGUGGGUCUGAAGGAGAAGGCCUCUCUGCUGGAGCGUCUGAGGGGGGUGCAGAGUGACGUGGAGGCUCACGCCCCCCCCCUCUCCCGCCUGAUGGAGCAGGCCCUGGAGCUGCACGAGAAGACGGGAGAUCAGACGUUUGGACCCGAGGCUCGAGGAGAACUGAGCGCCAAGUACAGCGACAUCUCUGCCAGUGUGAAGGGCAAGGUGCAGGUGAUGCAGAGCAUCGUGUCGGAGCACCAGCAGUACCUGGACGCUGUCAGGGACUUCAGUGAUUGGCUGCUGUCGGCCAGAGAGGAGCUGCAGCGCUGGAGCGAGCUGAGCGGAGACUCUGCCAGCGUGCACAGGAAGCUGUGCAAAGUCCAGGAGCUGCUGGACAGUAAGCAGCGCGGCAGGGAGCGUCUGAGCCGUGUGCAGAGGUGUGGGGCGGUGUGCAGAGACCACACGGGGGCGGGGGGGGUUGAGGCUCUGGAGAGAGAGGAGGCGGGGCUUGUGUCCUGCUGGGAGCAGUGGGAGCGCUCUGCCCUGCAGACCAGAGCCUCGCUGGAGACCGCUCUGUCUCAGAUCAGCUGCUCCGAGCAGGAGUUCAGCAGCCUGUCUGCGCAGAUGGAGCUGCAGCUGCACGACUUCAGCCGGCUGCUCAAAGACUGCCGGCUGCGCAUCACCCAGGCCGAGAGGCUGACCGAGGGGGAGGAGGCGGUGAAGGGCUGGACCCUCGCUAAGGACGUAGUGGAGGAGCUGCAGAAGGCGGAGCCGGCUUCAGAGCAUCUGAAGACUCAGCUGAACGACCUGUGCAGAUUCAGCAGAGACGUGGGGGCGCAGUCAGAGAGGGUCUCUGCGCUCAUCAAGGAGUACAACAGUGUGAGUCUGCAGGCGGGCAGGGAGUGUCAGAGCAAACAGAAGCUUCUGGAUCAGGGUUUCCGCUCCGCCUGCAGAGACUUCCAGCAGUGGCUCGUCAACGCCAAGAUCAACACGGCAAAGUGCUUCGACGUUCCCCAGAACCUCAGCGAGGCGAUCGCCAGCCUCCAGAAGAUCCAGGAGUUCCUGAGCGACAGGGAUGCGGGGCAGCAGCAGCUGGGGGCCGUGCAGCGCAGCGGGGAGCUCCUUUGCAGCACUGCAGAGAAGGAGAGGGUGGACGCGGUCCGAGGGAAGAUGAGCUCCUUCAGAGAGGACUGGAGGAACAUGAUGAGCAGCCUGCACCACCGGGAGAACAGCCUGCAGACUGUCUUGUCUCAGAUGAGGGAUUUCGAGGAGAGUGCGGAGCCUCUGCAGGAGAGCCUGGACGCCACAGAGCUGUCGGUGCAUCAGAGCUGCAGCCGGCUGCACGACCUGAGCGCCAAGAAGCAGGAGCUGCACAAACUGCAGAGUGUCCUGGAGGAUCUGUCCUCCGUGGAUCUUCAGCUCAGGUCUCUCAGAGAGAAGGCCCAGCGGCUGUGGGACGACCACGCUGCGGGGAAGGCUUUCAUCCACCGAGCGUCUCAGCUCUCUGCUCAGUACCUGGCGCUGACCAGCCUCACCAAGGAGAAGGCCUCCCGUAUCGAGCGUAUCUCCUCAGAGCACCACAUGUUCUCUGAGGGUCUGGAGGGGCUUCAGGACUGGAUCUCUGACACCAGACACACUCUGACCACCUACUGCACCCCCACUGCAGACAAGCAGCUGCUGGACAGCAGGGUGAUCAAGCUGGAGGCGCUGCUGAGUGCCCGUCAGGAGAAGGAGAUCCAGCUGAAGAUGCUGAUCACUCGAGGAGAGUCCGUGCAGAGGAACACCUCAGCUGAGGGGGUUCCUGUCCUGCAGGAGAACCUCCGGGAGCUGAAGGAGUCCUGGGACCACCUGCUGUGCGCCUCCAUCCACUGCAAGAGCCAGCUGGAGGGCUCCCUGUCUCAGUGGACCAGCUACCAGGAGGACGUGCAGCAGUUUGUGAGCUGGGUGGAGCGGGUGGAGGACAGUCUGGACCCCGUGGACAAACUGUGUCCCGAGAUGAGAGAUAAGACUGCCAACCUGAGCAAAGCAAAGCUGCUGCACGAGGAGGUUCUGAGUCACAGCGCUCUGCUGGACACCAUCUCUGUGAAGAGUGGGAACCUCUCUGAGAACUACGUGAACCAGCUGGAGCUGCAGGAGCUGCAGGAGCGCUACGAGGCCGCCAGGGACAACGCCAGAAGUGCGGUGUGCAGAGCCGAGGAGCUGGUGGAGUCCCACCUGGAGUACCAGCGGGACCUCCAGAGUUUCGAGGAUUGGCUGGAGGAGGAGCAGGAGACGCUGGGCUGCUACACCCAGCUGGAGGGAGACGUGGAGAUCCUGGAGGACACUCUGCAGAGGCUGCAGGAGCUGCAGCUGCGGUGCUCGGAGGGCCAGGCCCUGCUCAACAUGCUGCUGCUCAGCAGGGGGCAUGUGGUCCCCUGGGGGGUCCCUCAGACGGAGGACCGUGUCCUGGAGACCCUGCAGCAGCAGUGGGGGGGGUACCAGGCUCGGCUGGGGGACACCCGCUCACAGCUCAACAGCACCCUGGCCAAACUGAGGCAGAUGGAGCAGAAGUUCCAGAGGCUGGACAGCUGGCUGAGGAGCAUGGAGGCCAAAGCCCAGAUCAGGACUCACCGCAGGGGGGAGAGGGACACCAAGGAGGCCCAGCUGCUGCUCGUUAAGGGCUGGCAGGAGGAGGUUCUGGU